UAAGAUUUUGUCAGCAGACCAGUAAGUUCGAAUACACGAGAGAUGUGGACUUCAACACCGUAACAGACCUUGCGGAAAAGACAGUGGUCACUGAUGCGCUAGCCCUGCCUAAGGAAGGGGAGGUCAUAGAUCUGACCGGGAAGACGAGGGAUAAGGUCAAGAAGGGGAUAGAGAGCCUGCAUGAACGGGUGCACGGGGUUGACAACAAGAUGGACAGAAUGGAAAAUGCGAUGUUAGUAAUGCAGGUGCAAGUGUCCAGACCCGCCCUCCCGCCCCAAGAGGCCGUGGUUCCGGCAGCUGUAGCAAACCGGGGAUUUGGCAGAAGGGACCCCGCCAACGAACAAUGCAAGUGUUGCACCAUGAUAAGGCAUUUCGUACAGGCGUGUCCGAGACUCAAUCACGAUAUUGAGCGGCAGAGGUGUAGUAGGUCCCUCAAAGGCGAGAUCCUCGGACCCCGGGGGGAGCGUGUCAAUUGGAACUCGCCAGGAGGGAUGCGGCGAGCCGUCAUCCUCCUGAAUAACUUAGAAGUGGCCGCCGUAGAAGCAGAGCCGAUAGCCGAGAUUGUCUGGGACCAGCCUAGGGGACGGGGACCACAGGCCAAUUUUAUCCUAGAAGGCAAUGGCCAGGAUAGGGUAAAUAUCACCACUCGCCGGGCCGGCGCAGAAAAGAAGCUUAUUCAAGAUACAGUAAUGGAAAAACUCGCAGGGACUAGCACGGGCCAGCAAGAGACCGAAGCCGGGGAACAAGAGAAGGUCUAUGGGAAGCCAAGGGAGGACGAACCGGCAGACAAGGCUACGGCGGCAAAAGAAAAGUUCAGGUAUCAAAUUCCGAUCCUGACUUCACUAGAAAUCGAUGGCACCUUGAGUAAGCUACUGGGUACCAUGGUAUCGGUGUCUUUUCAGACCAUGCUGCAAGCCAGCCCGAGGCUGCUUAAAGGACUCAGGCAGUUGCUAACGCGUAAGCGCGUAGAGGUAGAGGAGGCCCCAAAACUGCAAGAGCAGGACACGGAAGAGGCCGAGGCGCUGCAAGGGGUCUCCAACCUCCAAAGCAUUCCAGGGGGCUUGGGAGAUUUGGAAAAAGCCUUUGCAGACAUCCGCCUAAGCCUACCGGAUCGUGAAGGUGGCGAAGUCAUGAGGGCGCCACCCGGGACAAAGCUUUGCUUUCAUGCAUUACCAGUUGGGAAACUUAAAGUUCAAAUCGGAACUCACCACACUUACGCGUUAGUGGAUGGCGGAGCAGAAAUCACCCUCAUACGACGAGAUUUCGCAACGGUCACGGGGUGCACGGUAAACAAGGAAGUAGCAGGGAAUAUCCGGGAAGCCGAUGGCGAAAUUCCUUUCACAGGGUAUGUCACCAAAUAUCCAGUCAGGGCGGGAACCCGGGAAUCCAUCUGGUCCGUUCAGCGGAUGACCGUGAUGGAAGAAAUGGAUCACGACGCAAUCCUCGAGAGACCGUGGUGCGCCAAUGUGGAAAUGAUAGGAAUGCAUCUGCACGAUGACACAUACAUGGUAGACAUAGAGGACCCAGUGACCGGCCGCGGGGAACUCCUCCGACUUCUUGGGACCGGAGGGGACCCUCCGAAGGGCAAAUUGGCAACCUGGUCUCCAACAUUCGAAGAAAGUGCGCGGAAGGGGGCAUUCGCACGAAUGGAAGGCAUGAGGGAAAGGGUAGAAAUUAUGAUAGAGGAAGCUUUUAGUAAAAAGGAAUGGAUCAAGAUCGGUCUGCCCGUAAAGAAGAGGAGGCCGGAAGACGAGCCCCUGGGGAAUAUGGUGGCGGAAAAGGAGAUGGAAGUUGAACUUGGGGCCAGCCUGCCCAAGCCAAAGGAAGGUCGUAACGAGACCCCCGAGCUAGCGCUCGAGAUCCCAGACCUGUUGCAACUUGUUAAGGCAAUCAGGUACCACAAAGUGGGGGUGGACCCGGCAACGCUUGCCAAGUUUGAGGAUGAUGUUCGAAAAGGCUACUGCCUGAAUGGGAAGAUAGUUAGCAUUCAGCCCCGUUUUGCAAAGAUAGCAGAACCUAUCCGCGCGAUGAUUAGGGAAGGUGGCACUAUGGAUUGGACCGAGGAUAGGGAAGAGGCAGCCCAGACCCUGAAAGACAUCCUGUCAUCCGAUCAGGUCACUCUAGCGGCACCCUGUUUCAAUGACGAGGUAAAACGGCCCUUCAUCUUAGAAACAAAUGGGGGACCGCUGACAGUUGGUGGAGUAUUGAUACAGAAAGACGAGGAGGGCAAGGAAAGGCCAAUCAGAUUUGAAAGUAGGACCCUGAAUUCGGCAGAACGGCGGUACUCACAGUUCAAGAAGACCUUCCAGGCAUACCUGCUCGGAAGGCGAUUUAUCCUAAGGAUCAAUCCCACCAACGUUGCCGGGGCCCUAAAGAACUACAAGCCUAUAGAUCCGACCGUUGGCAGAUGGAUAGCCUUCAUAUGGCAAUUCGACUAUAAGGUCGAGCGAAUUGCAGGACUUCGAAAUAGGGCAGAUGGGCUGAGCAGGGUAUGUAUCACGCCAGAAGGAGUAGAGGACGCGAAACCAAUUGACGCCUUCCUGGAAUACGAAGGAGGGACCCUUGUUGUGGAUAAUGAGAUGGCAGACCCAGCAAUUACAACAGGUCAGUUACUGAUCCAGACCUUGGAAAAGGGCGCACCUGCAGUAGUUGCAGAACUUGGGGAAGGACCAUUCACCACGAUCAGGCGUAAAGAGGAAAAGGACUCGUGGGGAGCAGAAGUAGGGGCCAGAGAGGAGCUGAUGGCAAUGUGCAUGGAAGGGGGACGGGAUGCCGUGAUGACGUUGGCCGAAAUUUGGACACAGAAGGAGUGUCAGUACCUAGUCAACCAGACCCGGGAGGAGCAGGGUAUGGAUCAGAAGGAACAAGAAUUCUUCCUCAUACAGAUGUACGAGGGCGUCUUUAAAGAAAUCGGUCUGCUGCUCGUAGGGAACAAACAACUUGCGGAAGUAAGUCCCAAGGCGAGGGAGGAAGUUGAAAAGUAUGUCCUAAGAAAUGGCCAUCUGUUCAAGAAAGGGGAAGGGAUGACACCUAGACGCGUCAUUUGUGGGAGGUCUAGGCAGCUGGACGUAAUUCAGGCAAUGCAUGAUGGGCUAGCUGGAGGUCACCGGUCGUCUAAAGGAACACCUGCGAAGAUCGUGCUCCUGUACUUUUGGCCAGGGAUUGCAGGCAUGGUCGCAAUGUAUUGUCAGACGUGUCUUAUAUGUCAAGAGAGAAGCGCCGUACGAGUUUAUGAACCCCUUAGACCCACCUGGGUACUGGGACCCGGACACCUUGUUCACCUCGACCUUGCCGUUAUGCCCGUAUCAACGGAUGGGUUUACAUACAUCUUGGAUGCAAGGGAUAAUCUCAGUGGCUAUGUAGAAGCCGUAGCCCUCGAGAAGAAGACGGGGAGAGCAGUGGCCGACUGGGUGGAAGAUUUCUACCUAAGGCACCCCUUCGUGCGCAGGUUUAUAGCAGACAAUGGGACAUAAUUCGUUAACCAGGAGGUGUUGAACAGGCUUAAGACACUGUGUAUACCAAUC